AUGGGCGGGACAGAGCGGCUGGGACAGGAAAAGAAGGGCGGCGAGCAAGCUGGACAGACGGCUGGAGUUGGUGGGAAGGAUGGUCAGGCAGAGGGUUCAUUUCUUCCAGACCAGUCUUUUGUGACUCUAGCCACAAAUGACUCCUAUGUGAAAGGAGCACUGGUACUUGGUUCAUCUUUGCAACAGUACAGAACAACAAGGAAGCUGACUGCACUCAUAACUCCUCAGGUCUCAGAUCUUAUGAGGACAGUUCUGGAAAAAGUCUUUGAUGAAGUCAUAUUGGUAAACGUCUUGGACAGUGGGGAUUCAGCACACUUGGCGUUAAUGAAAAGACCUGAGCUGGGUGUCACACUAACAAAGCUUCACUGCUGGGAACUGACGCAGUUUUCAAAAUGUGUUUUUAUGGAUGCAGACACAAUGGUUUUGUCAAAUAUUGAUGAGCUCUUUGAGAGAGAAGAGCUGUCUGCAGCACCAGAUCCAGGCUGGCCUGACUGUUUUAAUUCUGGAGUUUUUGUUUACCGACCUUCCAUUGAAACGUAUAAUCAGCUGUUACAGUUUGCCACAGAGAAAGGCAGCUUUGAUGGUGCGGAUCAGGGGUUAUUAAACACCUUCUUCAGCAGCUGGGCAACAACAGACAUGAGCAAACACCUACCAUUUAUUUAUAAUUUGAGCAGCACUUCUGUAUAUUCCUACCUUCCAGCAUUUAAAGCGUUUGGUGCAAAUACUAAAGUGGUGCAUUUCCUGGGAAGCACAAAGCCAUGGAACUAUACAUAUGACUCCAGAACAAAAAGCAUAAAAGGCAACAUGGACGACCCUAAAAUAGUUCACCCAGAAUUCCUCAACAUGUGGUGGGAUACCUAUAUAGCUAAUGUUUUACCAUUACUAGAACAGCAUGGAAUUGUUAAAGAAACUACUACAGGUGUAAACAUGGCAGAGGUUACAGAGGCAGUCUCCCACAUAUCAAUAUCAGCACCAUCACCAGUAUUACCAACUGUAUCUUCAGAAGAACGCAAGGAACGGUGGGAACAGGGCCAAGCUGACUAUAUGGGAGUGGAUUCCUUUGACAACAUCAAGAAGAAACUUGAUACCUACCUUCAGUAGAAAUGCCCGUCUCAAACAGUGGUGAUGCAAGGACUUGUUCCAGAACUAACAGCUAGAAAGGUGUAGAUGGUGGUCAGUUACACUUGCUAGUAGCUUGAUGAAAAACUUCUUGGCUGAAGGCCUCUGCAGUGCUACAGAUGAAGACUGAGCAAAAGCUAGGAAGCAGAACUCCUUGGGCCACCUAUUACUGCCCAAUUUCCAAUUCUCCCUACUAGAUAAAACCAGGUAUUUUCAGCUUAAAUUUUCUUCUGUUGUGAUCAAUUGGCUCAUCAUAUUCCUUGAAACUGGGUUUGUUACCUCACCUCAUUAAGGUGAUUAGCAUUGAUUCCUUUGCUUGCUGUUUUAGAUGUAAAAUCUAGUUCAUGGGAUUGCUCAUACACUAGAGUGGUAGCCAUUCUGCUUUACUAUAAAUGUAUUAAUGACACUGGGAUACAUACAGAUGUAACAGUAAUAGCACUGCUUUGCUCUUCCAGUCACAAUUGCACUGAAGUUUUGACCAGGUUCUUACGCACAGUGCCUACAGCAUGGCAGAAUGCAUUUUUCAGUUCUGUAUACUACGGGACUAGUCAACUGAGUUUUAUCUGUUACUUGCAAUGUUGCACUUGAUACAAAAAUAAAAAGUUGUCAUGCAUUUCUGGCUUCCCUAAACUCUUGAGCAAUUAAAAAAAAAAAAAGAGGGAGCUCUGAAGCAGUCUAUACCUGUUGAAUAUUUUGGUUAAUUACCUUAAGCUUUGCUAAUGCUACUCUAGCUACCAUUAGCAAAUGUCCAGGUUUUAGUUCUGUAGUUAUUUACAGAGUAUAUAGUCAUUUGCUGGGGAGCUAUGUAGGACCACUCCCCUUAAGUAUAGGACAGUGGAGGAAGUACCCUCUGAAGCUACUCACACAAGCAACCUGGAGUGUGGGAAGAGGGAAUCUGUCUUCUGAUGACUAAAGCAGCAUCAUCCCUAACAUAAGCCCUGUACACUGUGAACUUGUGUUUAAACACAACUGUGAUGCUAUUUUGGCCAAGAACAAAAGCAUACUGAAGACUGACAGAUUGGCAGUUAUCUGUACUGGUUUACAUCCAUCCUUUAGCCAGAAGUCUGAAUGGAAUACAAAGUAAUUUGGUUCUGUCUUUGAUGGCUAUACUCUGUACUAGUCCAGAAACACUAAGAAAGUAUCAUUUCAUUAUUUCCUAAUAAAGGAGGAUUUUGAUAGGAAGCUAGUGAGGGUGCUAAACUUUAAGCCUAGAGAUAAAACAAUCAAAAAGCAGAAGAUUUAAUCUGGCUAUAAGAGUUAGUUUGUUUUAACUUGGUUUUGCUACUUAAGUGCUCCAAGAUUCCUCGGUCAUCAUUUAGAAAAAAUGCUAGAGAUUAGGUCCAAGCUGAAGUAGCUUGUAGCUAUUUCAAAGUACAUAGCAUUUGAACUCCCAGCUGUAACUAGCCCUUUCCUGUGUGGGUUUUUCUUUUGCUGUGUUGAAGUUUUUUUUAACAGAUAAAUUUGAAUUUGUGUGAAAGCAGGAGGGAUUACUAUUUACAAUCUGUAGUGACAACAACAAGUACAAAUAUUGGAGUUCUACAUGCUUGCAGAAUACUCCAUAGAAAAUGAUAAAAUAUUCUUUUAAAGAUAACUGAACAGUUUUAGUUUUGCUCCCCUGGUCUGUAUUUGUACUAGAGAAUAGGCACAUUACUUCUUUUUAAGCUUAGUUGGAGAGGAAUUAAAGUGUAAAAGCAUGACACUAUACCAACCUGAAAAUCUGGUUUAGCGUUUAAGUUUUGUUAUGUUAAGACAAGAAGAGAAGGAGAUACGCUGAGUAACAUGAAAACAUGCAUGUUUUGGGUUAACAAAUACAGUCAGUAAAGAAAGAAAACCUAUAAAACAAUUCUGUCCUAGCCUCCAACUCAUACCGUGAUCAAGUGUUUACCCACAGCCUCAGGAAAGUGAAAAGGUAUGACAUCUAUAAUAAACUCUAUGCAGCUUAUUUUCAAUAAAAUGACCUUUAUGUCAUUAUCUGCCACUAUUUCCUUCAUAAUUACUGCAGGCAGCAUUUGCAGAAAAAUCCCUUUUUAUCCCUUGUAAUAGUACUACUUGAUACGUCAAGUGCUUUUCUGCUCUAAACUGUAGGUACUCAAAGCAGUAACUGAAUUAAAGCAGUGUACUCAAAACAUCGUUAUUCAAAAGAAUCACAGCCCUGCUUAGAUUGUGACUCAAGUAUUGGAACUCCAUUUGCCUUUGAAAAGUAUAUAAUCUAAGUUGUUCCUCAGAUGGUGACAACUCAGAGCAACUCUUAAAAGUUUAGAGGCUUAUCUUCAUUUAUAUCUUUAGUUCAUGUAGCAGGUAAAAAAACCUUUCGAAUGAGGGACUACUAACUCAGUCUUUGGAAUGAAAAACGUUAAGUUCCUAAUUACAAAAUCUCACUUAUAAGCAUGCUACAGAACAUACCAUUAGAACCCCAAGGAAGAGAAUACUAAUAGCCAAAGACUACUUACAGUUCAUGAAAAGCAGAAAGAAUCCCCAAACAACUGAACGCUGUGGGUUUUAACCACCCAAGUAACUAAACAGCUCCAUCAAAUCAGACAGGACCUCUCAGCUUUGACCUUUAACUGUUCUCUUGGAUACAUUAAUGGCUUUCUUGGGGGAGACCUUAACUAGCCCUACAGCUUAGUACUAACUCCAGUAAGUUUUUUAUUUGGCUUUGGAACAUGGAAACCAUGAUCUAGCAGAGGAAAAAUGAUACUAGUAAUUGUUUUCAUAAUCACAACUCAACCACUCUGCAAAACGCCAGCGUAUUUUAACACAAGUAAUGAAGUAGCCUGACUAGCCAUUGAAAUGGGUCUCUUCCUCAUGUAAUUUUAACUUGGAAAAUGGGAAGAAUGACACAAAGCCAAAUCUCUUGUUCGCAGUUGGGAAUUAUUUCCCCAUCUUAUCUCUAAACAUCAGAAUCUGAACCACAAAAACCCAAAGAAAGUCUAACUUACAUAAACUCUAUUAAAAAAAAAAAAAUUCAAUAAGGUGUAGUUGUGUUUUCUUUUAUCAACUUACCAGUGACAGCCAGUUACUGCAGUUCUGUCAUUCAUGUGUUUUUAAUUCUUUCUCUAACAGACUUAAACCACACUUUUCUCCAUAGCUAAGAUGCUGGCUCCCCAAAAACUGCAUUAGCUUAUUAAGGUUACAUAUUUGGAAUUCCUUUCUUACUCCUUCCAUUGGCUCACUGUUUCUCCAAAUUAUCAGACAUCUUCCCUUUAUUUCUCAGUCCUUUUCCAUUUCCUAUGUUUGCAAUUCAUCUCAUAAUCAGCUGGCUGGUAUUCUAAGACAUAAGAAAAGGUGAAAGGCAUUAGAAGCAAAUCAGAUUUCAUUUCUCUGCUGCCAAAUACACUUCCUGAAUCUAAACAUAGAAUCUAAACAGGACCUAAACAUAGCAAUCUCUGCCUCCAAGUCUGAGCUUUACAGGGAAGGCAGCAUAGUGUUAAGAAAGCACAUAACAGAAGGCCAGGAUUAAAUAGAAAGAGAUAAAAGGAACAGACAAGAAUAUUCAACUAAAGUUGAACUGAGACUCUUCAGUGCUAUUUAUUACUUUGCGGUACAUGAACAUGAGUAGUUUACCAAAUUCUUCCUCAUAAAUCAA